AGACGCAGCAGCUGCGGGCCUUGGAAACCGCGACUUUGUCCACAGGGCUUUCCAUGGCAGGAGCUCUGCCAGCCUUCGCCACCUGGGGCGAGGGCUCGGAACCAGGGCAGAACAUCGACCCGGAUUCCACUGAGUACUACAACCGUAAGGUGUUGAAUGCCACCGCGAUUUGCCUCACCUUCGCGGUCUUUCUCUUUGGCCUGGUCGUCAGCCAGGCACGAAAGUUGGUGGAGAACAAGUGGCUCAACUGAGACCGCCGUUUCGACCUGUCUCAACUUAGGGCGUCUUUUUACAAAACAUCGGUGGCGAAACCUGCGCGUCUCAAAA